GGUCGACAUCUGAGACUCGCCAUGGAGGAGCUUUCCGACUGGCAUGGCGAGCAGAGUAAACCAUUGCUGCUCACGCUCAUAGCAAGGCAAGAUGUGAGCGGCAGGAGGGAGCCAACAACGUAUACGGAUACUCAGGUGGUCGAUUUGAACUUGCGGGUCGCUGCUAUGACUCUGAUGUGUGUCAACAUUGCAGUCUACUUUAUCGCCUUCAAGAAUAGAUCGUCCCUUGUCAGCCGUCUCAUUCUCGUCUUCCUCCUUGCUCAAAUCAGUGGUGUCAUUGUUCAAGCAAUUCCAAAGUUUCAACAAACAAAAAAUGAUGUACUUACCAUCUACAUUGGUAUCUUCCUCCUGUUGCUCGCUUCUGAAACGUUCAAUUGGGUUCUCUACGUGAGAUUCAACCUCGUGGCUCCCUUCAAUCGCAAGUUGAGAUUGAUCACGCUGACCUGGCUGUGCAUCGAGACGCUAUGUAUUACUGGCAACUACCUCUUAUGGUGUUAUGGCGUCGCCUCGGGCAAGGGGGAAUACAGAGUUUUAUCUGCAAAGAUAUACUCUGGAUUGAGCGUGAUCCAAGCGGCCAGUGCUUUGGUCAUGUCUGGAUAUUUUGUUAGCAUCUACUACUUUCCCAAACUGCUCCGGUUGCGAUCGACAUCGACCACCAAAAUCGUCUUUUCCCGCUUCUUCACGGGCGGGCUCCUCUAUCUCGCAUUAGAAUGUGUUCUUCAUCUGGGUUACACAGUGCUUUUCUACAUUACACCCGAGCAUCAAACAUCCGCAAAUUCAGUCACAACGGCCGUCAGAUACGCAAUCUUCCUCGUAUUCAUCUUCCAGAUCCGAAAUGCAACCGCAGAAAGUUCACUGGGCGAUGACGAAUCUGGAACAGCUGAUGUCACUAUGAAUUUUUUUCGCACAGCAGCAGUAAAAGAUGAUGGAUUCUCGGAUGGUCCGAUUUUUCAUGGGCAUUAUACACCACCAAAGUUACCUCAAAAAACCUUUUCGAGCGUGAUGUAUGCGUACCGCUCCGAUUUUUCCCCCGAUGAUGGUGCACAGGAAGUGUCAAUAGGUUACGUGCCAUCGAAACAAGCUGAAGUUCAAUACGCCGACGUCCACACUGUCCGUCAACAUUCUGCAGAGAUUGAUGAUUCAAGUUCGCAGUCAUCCUCCAGUCCGCGACAGUCAAUGUAUGCAGGAUCCAUUAUGUCACCUCCACCAGAGGGAGGCGUGGAAUGGCCUGGAAAAUAUGUGUUGGGAAAGAGAUAUUCGAGUUCGGUUGAUACAAUUUGAUCACCACGAGCUUCAGUAUUCAUAAGCCGCAGAAGGUUGUUGUCGGCAAUGUACAGUAUGGUAGCGUUGUUAUGGUUCUAGUGUAUAUAUGUAUAUAUGUGUGGAGUUUGUUGAGUAGUGGUUUGAUGGAGUAUGAGACGAUCCAAGUAUGCAGGCAUGGUUGGGCAGACAUAUAUUGGGAUUGCAUCAAAAAAGUGCAUCUUUUGAAAUGUAAUUAAGAAACUCAAAAGUCUCACAGUGGCA